GACGGAGCGGGCAAGGUAAAUUAUAUCUAUUUUCCCUCAAGUUUUACGCCAGGAAUUGUGUAGCUUUAGCACGGUGGCAGCGGCCGUGCAUUAGUAGAACGCCUGGCAAUAGACGAUCGAUUUUUUUGGGCGCUAAUCAGCAAACGGCAGGUGCACCAACACCAUCCCAAAGCCAGCAGUGGGUCCGAAAGCGCCGUACGGCAAGCAAGCGGUAGUGACCAAAACAUCCCGUGGCCAGUGUCCUCCCCCAUUGCCAGCCAGCGCUCACCGAUCGCAGGAUUCUCCGAAGCGAAAGUUGUGUACCCUGCUUGUGUGUGUGUGCGUGCGUGCGUGUUUGUGUAGUUUGUGCGUCAAAGGACACACAGAGGGGUGUGCGCAAAAGAGAAGGCAACAGUCAUCGCAGUAGGAUCAACACAUACACGCAACGAGUAGCGGCGGUAGUGCAUUUGCUUUGACAAAAUGGAUGUAUUUAUGAUGAUCCGGCGGAAGAAGACGACGAUUUUCACCGAUGCCAAAGAGACGACGCCGGUGUACGAGCUGAAGAAAAUGAUCGAAGGAAUACUCAAAGUGCCUCCCCGUGAUCAACGACUAUACAACAAAGACAACAUGCUGAUGGACGAUGACAAAACGCUGCAGGACUGCGGCAUCACGGUCGUGACAGCGAAAGCGCAAUGCCCCGCACAGCUCGGCCUAGCGGUGCGCGAAAAUGGCGACUUCGAGUCGCUCGAGCUGACACCCUACUCCCUGCCGCCCGACCUACCGGACGUGAUGAAAAACCAGGAUACCGCCAACGGCCAGGACCAGCUCGCCUAAGCCUAGGGGAGGAGGAGAAGGGCGCAUGGGCGGGCUAGCGGGCGGGCGAGGCCAAAGCUAGAAUGUUUGGGGUUUACUGUGUUUCGUUCACACUAUUACUACUGUCUCUUUCUCUCUCUCUAUCUCCCUUCCUCACACAAUCCUUCUGCACACGUUCUAACCACAGGUCUUGGCAGCCUUUUCCCCCGUAUUGGUGUGAGACAGACCCUACCAGCACUCCGGGUCACCGAAUGCACACGCUUGUUGUCCUGCUAACACGUUUACGUUUCCGAACCCAUUUACCCUACUUACCCCUUCUCUCUCGCAGUGGCAUCCACUCACGUCUACGAAAUGUACUACAAGCGCUUGUAAGCAGCUAACAAUUACUGAAUUUGCGAGAUAUGUGCUCACACGGCCCCAAUGCUGUUGGCGGUGUGUGUGUGCGUGCGUGCGUGUGUUUCUGGGUCCCAAACGAACAAGAUUGAAUUAAUUGAUGUCGGCAAUACAAUGUUGUUAAUCGCGAUUACACUGGAUUUUUUUUUCUUCAUUUAAGCCGUGUUGAUGAGGGAAAACUUUGGCAGCACGGAGUAAACGGAAUUCUACCAUCCCCCAUCCCCUUCUCAUCCGGAUGCCACUGCAUCAUGCCAACCCCCCUCACACACACACAUACACAGACAGGGAUAGUAUAGCUUUGACCUUUCUUCCUCUUUUGGGUAAUUUUAUUCGUAUGGUUUUUUUUUGAGUAAUUAAAUUAUGGAAAUGAGACGAAGAAGUUAGGGAAGGAAAAUCUAUGGAACUUACUGGAGUCAAA